UCUCGCUUCUGAAGUGCUACAGUAAACAAAGGGGCGGAAAAUCUUAACUGCGCAGACGCACUGCUCGGGAACACUUUAAAAUUCGAACAGGAGACCGCGUCUGAAACUUGGUCUGUUUUCUUAAGUUCUACCUCAUAAGCUCGGGUGGAGUGAAAAAAGGUGGGGGAUAGGGGACGGUGUGGCCUCCCGCGGGGAAGGAACUGGGCGCGUCGGACGCAGAGCGCGCAUGCGCACUACCAGUUAAUGGCGGGCUACAGAACUGGCGGAAGCUCGCUUCCCAACAUGGUGGCUGAGGCAGAUCCGCUGCUCAAACGGGUGCUGGUGCCAGUUCUUUUACCAGAGAAAUGCUACGACCAACUUUUCGUCCAGUGGGACCUGCUUCAUGUUCCCUGCCUGAAGAUUCUCCUCAGCAAAGGCCUGGGUCUGGGCAUUGUGGCUGGGUCACUUCUCGUAAAGCUGCCUCAAGUCCUUAAAAUCCUGGGAGCCAAGAGUGCAGAAGGGCUGAGUCUCCAGUCAGUAAUGCUGGAGCUCGUGGCAUUGACUGGGACCGUGGUUUACAGCAUCACCAACAACUUCCCCUUCAGCUCUUGGGGUGAAGCCCUGUUCCUGGUGCUCCAGACAAUUACCAUCUGCUUCCUGAUCAUGCACUUCAGAGGACAGACUGUGAAAGGAGUUGCUUUCCUAGCCUGCUAUGCACUGAUCCUGCUGGUGUUGCUUUCACCACUUACGCCAUUGGCUGUGGUCACCCUGCUUCAGGCUUCUAAUGUGCCUGCUGUAGUGGUGGGAAAGCUGCUCCAGGCAGCCACCAACUACAGCAAUGGGCACACAGGUCAACUGUCAGCUAUCACAGUGUUUCUGCUCUUUGGGGGCUCCCUGACCAGAAUCUUUACUUCCAUUCAGGAAACUGGAGACCCCCUCAUGGCUGGAGUCUUUGUGGUCUCUUCCCUCUGCAAUGGACUCAUCGCUGCCCAGGUCCUCUUCUACUGGAACACAAAGCCUCCCCAGGAGCAGAAAAAGGAGCAGUAGAGCGCAGCCACUUACUGGGGCUAGUCCAUGUUUGCACUUAUGUACCCCACCUCAGGGCCCUCUCUACUAGAGCCAGUCACUUGGUGACUUUCAGUCCUCCUCCACUCACCACUUGCAGCUUUCUGAGCCAGGGCUUUUUAGAGGGAACUGGCAGUUUGUUGACAGCUUUUGACAUUAAAGUUUCAUUCCCAGGGGCUGGGAAAAAUAGCUCAGUAG